AUGGAAUCUGAGGAAGGCGGUGACGGUGUGAAUUAUAGUGGGAAUUUUGUCACUGAUACGUUUUUUCCUACAUUUGGCGAUGCAGUAACAUGGGCUGAUGGUGUUUCCAUAAAAUUGGGAUUUAUAUUGGUGAAAUCGUCUUAUAAAAAAACCAGAGAUGGUCGGCCGUAUCGGUAUUUGCGAUGUGAUCGGUCACGAAGGAGCAAGCCGAGAGAUUUGGAGAACGCGAUACGGAAGGACAUCAAAACCAAAGCUAAUGGUUGUCCAUUCUACAUCAAGAUAUAUUAUGAUGUGAGCACCGAAAGUUGGAAGAUCAUUGCGAAAAAUGAUCACACCGGGACACAUAACCACCCAAUGAUUGUGUACCCAGAGGGUCACCGUAAAGUGAGCCGAUUGAGUCAGGGUGCAAAACAGGUUGUGCGGGACAUGAUAAAGUCCAAGGUUGCUCCCUGUAACAUCAUGUCCACUAUUGCCGAGCAAUUUCCUGAUGAUCAUCCAAACAUCUGA